ACUCUGGAAAUUCACCAGUAGAUGGCGGAGCUGCCGUCUCGUAUUUAUGAAUCAACAGUCCAGUUGCAAACAAUAACAGUCAUGGGGAAGACGAAGACAGGAAAAACAGCAGUGGCGUUCAGUAUUCUUGCAUUUUUGUUUAUAUUCAUAUCAUUUGUGACGCCUUAUUGGCUGGAAACUGACGGAAAAUUGCAAAACCCGAAGUUCAUAAGAAUAGGGCUUUGGCAAGUAUGCUUCAAUGGCUUAGAAGAAAUACAUCAUUGGUAUGACCCAAAAUUUUAUGGCUGCUGGUGGGUCUUUGAAGAAGAGUACUACAUUAUUCAUGACCUGCUUUUGCCAGGAUUCUUUGUUGCUACACAGUUUUUCUUCACACUGAGUUUUACAUUGUUGCUUAUUGCAAGUUUCCUGGUGGCCCUUUAUACUUGCUGCAGCAAAGAUCAUGACAGAUUUGUGCUGCUGUUGUUUGUGAUUGGUUCUGACAUGAUUCUUGCAGCUAUCUCUGGUACACUGGCAGUAAUAAUAUUUGGGGCAAGAGGAGAUGGUCGUGACUGGUUACCAAAUUGGGAACACAAUGAAAUCUCAUGGUCUUAUGCUCUGGCUGUGUUUGGUGUAGUAUUCCUAUAUUUAGCAGGAAUAUUAUUUCUUGUAGAAGGACGUGUCCAUCGCAAAAGACAGAAGCGGGAACGAGAGGCUGCACAAUCUGCUUAUCACAUGGAACCAAGGAAAGCUGCCCACACAGUAAUUUGAAAGCAUCUCAAAGCAUAAAAUGUCUAUGACACUAAUGUAGCUGGACUACAUUAAGCAGCAAAUUUUUUAAACAAUAUUUUUUUUCUUUU